GUAAAUAAAAAAAAUAUGAAGUGUACGUGGUUUGUAGUUUUAUGUGCAAUCGGAAUUGCACUGUGUAUAGACCAUGAUUUCAAGGGAUUUGACGAUAGCAUUUUGUUUGGUAUAAAUUGGCCAGGUGCUCCUGAUAUUCUUGAGAAUUUGGCAGAUGGAGAGAGCAAUCCAGACUCGAAUAUAGAGAUUCUAAAAGUCACAACAAUAAAUAAAGAGCAAUAUGAGUGUAAAAUACCCGAAAUUCGAAUGAAAAAGGAUAUAAACAUUAAAGACUAUAAUGGGCCCUCUCCAUUGAAUUUGUUGAAACCUCUUUUCACUCAGAAGAUAUGUUCAUAUAGGCUGGAAAGCUUCUGGAGCUAUGAAGUGUGUCAUGGGCGGUAUAUCAGGCAGUAUCAUGAAGAUAGGGAUGGAAAGAUUGUUAGAACACAAGAAUAUUAUUUAGGCUAUUGGAACCAAGAGAAACAAGCUAAGUUGGAAGCCCAAUUAGAUGCUGUGGACGAAGAGAAACAAGCUCCCUAUUCUCGUCCAGCUUUAAUCAGAUCUACAAAGAAUAAAAAAUCAAAUAAAAUAGAUGAAGAUGAUGAUGGUAAUAGAAUGGCUAAAGUUGAAGGGUUCUCAUUACCUUUUGUAGAACUGGUCAUGGAUGAUGGCACAAUAUGCGACUUAAGUGGCAAACCUCGAGUAACAAGAGUACAAUAUGUUUGCUACAGUCCUGGAAAACAUGAGGUAUACUCUUUCAAAGAAACUUCGACUUGUGAAUAUGAAAUUAUUAUUCUGUCGCCAUUACUUUGUGAACACCCAGCAUUUAAACCUAAUGAUGUACGCGAGAAUGCUAUAGAUUGUUUGCCAGUGGGUGAUGCCCCGAAGAAACCAAGAAGUUUGCUUAAAAUGGAAGUAGAAAAUUUACGGUCCCUUUAUCAGAGCAUACGACUAAUAAACAAUGAAAAGGACUCUAAGGAUAUUCUGGCAGUAUUGAAAGUUGAGAAAAUUGAUAAGGUCACUUUCAGUUUUGAGGAUGGCGAAACUCACUUGAAAUUCGAGCUACAUCCCAUAGGCGAUGAAUCGGAGGAUCAUAUGUUUGAAGAUCCUAAAAAUAAGGUCUUAAUUGACAAGCCCCCGACUGCAGUUACCGAUGAUUCGCCUGUGCGCGCGUUCUUGAACGGAGAAGAUUGUUUAAAUGGGGGCACCGGUUGGUGGAAAUAUGAGUUCUGCUACGGUAAACACGUAAUUCAGUACCACGUGGACAGAGCUGGAGGUAAAACUACGUUGUUGCUCGGCAGAUUCAGCGAAGAAGCUCACUUAGAAUGGAUCAAAGAACAUAAAUCUAAAGCACCGAAACCUAUUGAUCAACGCACCUCAAUAUCCCACUUCUAUUCAAACGGAGACAUUUGCGACAAAACAGGAAAACCACGGCAAACAGAAGUCAAAUUAAAAUGCAUUGAAAAUGCUUCAAACCCUGCGCAAGUUUCUCUCUACUUACUCGAACCUAGAACAUGCCACUACAUCCUAGGUGUUGAGUCACCGCUCAUAUGCCAUAUAUUACCGUUAGCUGACGAACAUGGAUUAAUAAAGCAAUCUAAACCGUUACCAGGGUUUCAAGAAGGAGAAAUAGAUAAGACGAAGGAAGAGGAUGCUGCAAUAAAGAAAGAUGUACCAAAGUCUGAGAAUGAUUAACGUUAAUAAAUAAUUAUUAUUUUGU